AUGAACCUCUUGUCGUCCUACUUCAUAACCUUGGUUGUAAAAGAACGUGACGACGACACGCAACGGUUGUUUCAAGUUAGGGUUGACGAGAAUGCUUACGGAUGUUUGGAUUGUGUAGUCUCUAUUGCUAGGCUUAAAGGGUUUCAAGAAGAGGAGCACACACUUAGCCCUCGCCAAGAUCCGAGUUUUGAUGUUGGUGAGUUGCCUGAUUGGCCAAGUGAUGAUGAUAUCAAAGAUAGUCGACGAUUCUACUUGGUGGAAGGACCAGAGCUGGUGAAGACUGAGUGGAUUCAAACGUAUCUUGAACUCGCAGUUUAUACAAAUGAUAGGUUUGUUUUAGAAGCCGAUCUGUGCAAGCUGGAGGUUGUGAAAGUGGCUAUGGAAACAAGUAAUGUGGAGUGGCCGAUGGAAAGACUCAACGCCAGAGAAGCUACUGUCUACAUAUGGUUUAAGGGCUUGGCCAUUCGUGGGGCUGGUCAGGAUGUUGAGCGCAAAGCAAUCGUGAGAAGAGUGCUUGAUGAGAGUACGGGAUACUUGUCUCUCAAGGGUGACUUGUGCAGCAGAGAAGAAGAUUUGGAUAAUACUCGACUUUCAUGGAUAUGA